AACACGGAGAUCGUGAAAGGUCCAAUGGGGGUCUCCAGAAGCUCACAAGAGUUGAGCAAUGGUGGCUCAACGGUAUGUCUCCUCAAAGAACAAAUGGAAAUUGAUCCGGAUCAUCACAAUGACGAGGAAGUCGAGGAAUCGUCAGGAUGUCCCCACCUGGACGGACCUGACCCGAGUUCCUUCGUGCCGCAACCAUCAGGCAUCCCUUCAGAACCGCAGAGGCAGUUCAUGGGCCGCCCCACUUACACUAUGACCACCCCGGAAUUCGCCGUGGAGACCAUACACCCUCACAGCGAACUCAUUCUGAUCCUCGUCGAGGGAAUGAACGAGCCGGGAGAAUCCGGCAACCCUCCAGAGCCUCCUUCGUGGUUCGACAGGGAGCUCUUCGACCGCGGGCGGGAAUUCUACCGACGGUACCUGUCCUCUGUCUGCUUCUCCAAUCUCCUGUCUUUAGUGUUCAUGAUGGCUCCCAAACGUGGCCUGGCUCCGCUGAUUUACACCGGCCAGUCAGACACUCCCAUGAAAGCCCUCAAGAGGUACUACUCUACCUUGAUGCACGUGGUCACGUGGUACACCGGCGAUGUUUGGGACCCGGAAGACGACGCGCACAAAGAUGUCAUGUCCAUUAGGUCUAUCCACGGGAAAGUAGCCCGCCAGUGUAACGCGCCAGAGGAAAACGAACAGUUGAGGAAGAUAAAAGUUAGUGAAAGAGGACAUCCCGAGCCAGAGUCUCCUUUUUAUCCUUCCAUUAGGGACGAUUUGCGCCAUCAGACUGAGAGCAGGUUGCUCAGUUACAACACAGAGAACCCUUGCCUUUACCUCAGCCAGAGCGACAUGGCACUGACCCAGUACGCUUUCAUGGGACUAGUGGUGGCUCAUCCGGAGAAGCUAGGCGCUGGGGCAGCUACUGAGGAAGAGUUCGCUGGGUUCAUCCACUUCUGGAGGGGUAUUGGGUGGCUCUUGGGCAUUGACGACAAGUACAAUUUCUGCCGUGGCAGUGUGAAAGAAACGCGAGCAUUAUGUUUAGAGGUGGAGCAGAAGAUUGCCUUAGCUUUCCUAGCAGAAGCCGACUGGAAUUAUGAACACAUGGCCACAGCCCUCUUGACUGGAAUGAGCUACAUUGCUAAGUCUAUGUCAUUCCCAGCAAUGUUCAGAUACCUGGCGUACACGCUGGAUAUCUCAGUACCCUCGUUUGUUAAGCGAAUGUCCUACCGCCAGUGCUUCUACUAUUGGGUUUGGGUCAUCACUUUCAAGCUCAUGUGGUUUUUCCCAAGACUUACGUCGCUUACUAGUUAUGCUUUUGGCAGUAUGGUCUAUCAUAUUCGUGGGAAAUCUCAUGGUAAGACAAUUCGAAAUGGUGUGUGCCCUAGGGCUGCAGCUUCCCUCAUGAAACAUUCCUAGCACCCAGAAGUGAAUGAUUGAGAGUGCUCAGAAAUGCGUAGCCAUUGUAAGUGAAUUCCUAAGGUAGAUCAUUUCAUUGUAAAUAAUAUUUUCUAGUCAUUACUGUUUUUUUUUCAUGAAGGUGCUUCUCAAUAGACAAUGCUGAACUUGACCUAAUGUUACUGAAUAAGAAUAGCUGUUUAUUCUGUAAGAAGUUUGAGUCAGACUUAAUUGUUAUGUUAACAUUGUGAUUUAUUUCAAAUGCCAGUAUUUCGAAAUGUUAUUUGUAUAUAAACGACUUUAUAUAAAGGAGUAAGUACUUUAGAA